AUGGAUCCAGCCCCGCCAUCGAUGUCCAAUAUCGAACAAGAGCCCGUGUAUGAAUCAGAUUCCGAGGAAGAAGAUGGCCAGAAAGUUGUGGAACGUCGUUGGCCGCGGAGCAAUCUGAAGCUGGAGAAGCACGGCUUUCGUCCAGUCUGGACAUCGUGGGAUGGGUACCCUGGUGAAGUUCCUGAUGACAUCGGAGAGUACCUGGACGAUGGGAAGUGCAAACCCGCCCAGCUCAUCGGUCCCCUUCGGAGCAUUGCAUGGCUUGCUGGCCUAGAUGAGUUGGUCGAGGCCAUCGAUCAUCCAGCCUUUGUUAUCCAAGACCAGAUCGAGCUUGUUCCGUAUUGGGGUGCAGGAAUCGAGUACCCGGUCUAUCGUCAUAUCGACGAGGGGCAAAUUCCACCUCGAAUUUCGGACUUGCUUGACUAUUAUCAACCCAAAAGUACCCCCAUAGCAAAAGCCAGCACGCCACCGGCUGUUAAGACCACAGCUACAUCCAAUCGCCUGAUCGACCUCUACGCCACAAGUCGUUUCACUCCUUCCUCCACCGUGAAGUGCUUUAAAGUUUCAUGGGACAGGAAUCCUGUUCGACUAUGCAACAAGAUCCAACAACUAGCUAGCCCUGGUCUAGACUCGUCCAGGUUGUGGUUCUGCGGACUGACUCUCGAGGCCUUGGAAUCGACACUUGCGUUCUUCAUUCCAGAACGUAACAAGCAAAACCACGAUAACGAGUUUGGUCCUGGCUUUUAUACAACGAAUAGCUUGGAGUAUUCGUGUGUAUAUGCGGGAACCGCAGGCGCAAUCAUGGUUUUUCGCGAUCCCGAUCUCCAUACCACUCAAGUUUGGCAUCCAAGUCUCGAGGAAUGGUCUUCCUGGGUAGCUCGGUGGUUAAAACUACCUAUUGCUGCUGCGAAUGCGACAGUACCCCCACAGUACCUUACUGCCGAUUUCAUCAAGGGUGCAAUUCGAGGAAAAUCAGCUUCCCCCAGUGUUCUUCCUACACAGUCAGACGAUGAACAGUUGGUCGCAGUAAGCUACCACGGCUGCGAAGUUCUGUCUAAGUGUUUGAUUAUGAUUAUCUUUGUUGAAAGGAAAUAG